CAGUAAAUCUCAAGUCAUGAUCAAAGCGAUGAAGUGGACUGAUCAACAUGACCUCGAGUUGAUUAAAGAAAUUUUAACAGAACGUCCUUUUGAUAAUCCUAAAGGUUCGAGGCGAAUAGGACUAGUUUAAGAAAGAAUCGUCGACAAUUUAAAUUCAAGAGCAGAUAUAGUCUUCAACUUGAAGGACAUCAGGGCUGUACGCGAUCGCUAUAACUUGUUAGCAAAAAAAUACAAAAAGAAGGAGAGAGAGGAAAUUAAUGCUUCCGGCAUUGGCACCGAUGAGCCAAGUGAGCUUGAAGACGCCAUUGAGGAAGCUGUUGCUCUUUUUGGGAGUCAAGAAGAGGACCGAGAAAAGGAAAAAACUGCUAAAGAUGAGGACAGAAGUCAAGCAGAAGAUGUCAGACUGGUCGCACUUGAAACUGCUCGAGAAACAGCAAAAAGAAAAGCAUCAGGAAACGAUUCGUUCAGAGCCAAGAAAACAGCUGUUGUAGAAUUUCUAAGAGAUAAAGCGAAUCAGGAUAUUGAGUAUAGAAAUAAAGAGCUUGAACAUAAAACUAAAGAACUGGAAGUUCGAAAGCAAGAGCUAGCAAUAAGGAGCAAGGAGCUUGAAGCACAAACUCAACAAAAUCAAAACUUGUUGAACACUUUGCUUGAAUUUGCAAAAAAUCGUUAA